UUUGAACAGCUGUUUAUUUUACUCAGGACAGGGCAUUUGGUUGAUUGACAAACACAAUGUCAAUUAUUUCAACAAUGGCUGAUGUUUGGGCUGGUAACUUAUGGAAGCAGCUGGCAAAUGUACGUCAAAAAAGCAAAGCAAACCGAGAAUAAUGUCUUCACAGCCCACGGAUAAUAAAUUGUCAACUUAGCACAGUUUAUCAGCAACCAUUAAGAUAUCAGUAUGCUGUUGCAACAGCACCUCUUGUAUGCGAUAGAACAGCAGUACAUUAUUUGCAGAUGCUUUAAUAUAAGUAAACAUAUUGUGUCCAAUACCAGUCCAAGCAAAAUGCUUGAUGUCAGCAGUCACAGUAUGAAUUAGUUAUCUCUUCAACUGUACUCAAUAAGCAUAAACAUGUCAAACCUUGCAUUUUAUUGAGGGUGUGUUGAGUACAAUAUGCAUAUUCUUUCCUUUUGAAAUGUCAUAAAUGUUGAUGCAACACUGGAUAAGCUUAAUGUUGAGAACCAACAUGUUGGACUGUUUUUAAUAUUCAUUUCGAAAAGGGAAGCUCCUCCUUAGUUCUGCAUUACAGAAGCCACUGUUUAAGAUUGGUUGUGGUCUACGUGGUUUUAAGCCUAGUUCCUGUUUCACAGGCAGAAACAGGUUUGCUUGUUAUUUUGGGGGAUACAAGUAUGCUGUUUCUGUCAAGACUCAACCCAUCACUUGUGGUGUAAGCACAAAGAGAAAAGGGCCUACCUUUCACAACAGGUUAUGAAGCUAAUUUAGGAAACAUUUUAAUGUAGCUUUAAUUAAUGAAAGUCCUUUCAAUGAAUGAUGUAUAGUACUCUACAUGAUUCCUUUAUGGAAUUUCUGGAAAAAGUAUUUUUUUAAAAGCCUAAUGGUUUUGAUGCCACCUUAUAUAGCUGUUGUACAAUAUAAUCAACAUGGAAAAAUAUUAUGGACAAGACACUGCCUAAUAUAUGCAAUUAUUAAAAACAUUAUUAAGUCAUGGAUGUAUUUCUCUUUACCUGUUAGGGAAUUUCCAAUUUCACCGGGCAACAUGCCAGAGAUUCAAGUCAAAACCCCCGUUAAGAAAGUCCUAAAUAAAACCACACCUGGGUUGCAGAUAUGGAGAAUAGAAAACAUGGAGGUGGUUCCCUUCCCUUCAAAAGCAUAUGGGCAAUUUUUUGAAGGAGACAGCUAUAUCAUCCUAUAUACUACUCAGGUACACAGCUCUUUCACCUACGACAUCCACUUUUGGUUGGGGAAGUCCACCUCUCAAGAUGAGCAGGGGGCGGCAGCCAUCUACACCACCCUGAUGGAUGACCAUCUGGGGGGAGUGGCUGUACAACAUCGUGAGAUGCAAGGCUACGAGAGUGACACUUUCCGAGGAUACUUCAAACAGGGCAUUGUUUACAAGAAGGGUGGCGUUGCAUCUGGAAUGAAGCAGGUUGAAACCAACACCUACAGCAUUCGCCGACUGCUCCACGUUAAAGGGAAGAAACAUGUGGUGGCAGGAGAGGUGGAUAUGACCUGGAGUUGCUUCAACAAGGGGGAUGUAUUCCUACUGGAUCUGGGCAACCUCAUCAUCCAGUGGAAUGGACCCAAGAGCAACCGUCUGGAGAGACUAAAGGGAAUGAAUCUUGCCAAGGAUAUCCGUGACAGGGAAAGAGGUGGCCGGGCUCAGGUGACUGUUGUAGAAGGAGAUGACGAGAAGGCAUCGGAGGAGACAAUUAAACUGAUGAAAAAGCACCUUGGAGAAAAACAAGAUAUCAAGGAUGCCAUCAUACCUGAUGACAUAGUGGAUGACAAGCUGAAGUCCAGUGUGAAACUCUUCCAUAUCUCAGAUGCCCAAGGAAACCUGGUGAUUCAGGAGGUGGCUGUAAAGCCCCUGACUCAGGACCUGCUCAAUCACGAGGACUGCUACCUUUUGGAUCAAGGCGGUAUAAGAGUCUUCAUUUGGAAAGGAAAGAAGGCCUCAAAGACAGAGCGAAAUGGGUCAUUGGAUAAAGCAGAAGCAUACAAAAAGGCAAAGGGCUACCCUCCCUCAACUUACGUGGAGACAGUGAAUGAUGGUUCAGAGUCUUCAAUUUUUCGCCAGUUGUUUCAAAAGUGGGUGGUGAAGGGACAGAUUACAGGGAUGGGAACCACCAACAGCCUAGGAAAAAUUGCUAAGGUUGAACAGGUCAAGUUUGAUGCAACAUCUAUGCAUGCAAGGCCUGACCUGGCAGCUCAGCAGAAAAUGGUGGAUGAUGGAUCAGGCGAAGCUGAGGUAUGGAGGAUAGAGGACAACGAGAUGGUACCUGUAGAGAGGAAGUGGUUGGGUCACUUCUAUGGAGGAGACUGCUACCUCAUACUCUACAAAUAUGAAGUCAGCAGCAAGAUCCAUUACAUCCUGUAUAUGUGGCAGGGUCGCCAUGCAACCACAGCAGAGCUCACAGCCUGUGCUUUUCACGCUGUGGCCCUGGACCAGAAAUACCAUGGAGAGCCAGUCCAGGUCCGCGUACCGAUGAGCAAAGAGCCACUCCACCUCAUGGCUAUAUUUAAAGGAAAGAUGGUGGUCUAUGAGGAGGGGAGCUCCAGAAUAAGCACCACACAAACCCUGCCUGCUGUCCGUCUGUUCCACGUGCACGGCACAAAUGAAUUCAACACCCGUGCCAUUGAAGUGCCAGCACGCUCUUCUUCCCUCAACUCCAAUGACGUGUUUGUGUUCAGCACAGAUACAUGCUGCUACCUGUGGUAUGGAAAGGGCUGCAGUGGUGAUGAGCGAGAGAUGGGCAAAUCUGUGGCAGACAUAAUCUCCAGGAGGGAAAAGCAAGUCCUUGCAGAGGGCCAGGAGCCAGCACACUUCUGGGUGAACCUGGGAGGAAAGUCCCAGUAUGCCAGCAGCAAGAGACUUCAGGAAGAGCACAGCAACAUCACCCCACGUCUCUUUGAGUGCUCCAAUCAGACGGGACGUUUUCUGGCAACAGAGAUCACAAACUUCAACCAGACAGACCUCGAUGGGGAUGAUAUAAUGCUGCUGGAUAUUUGGGAUAUGGUGUUUCUGUGGAUUGGCAAUGGAGCCAAUAAAGAAGAGAAGGAAGCAGCCAUCAGCACAGCACAGGAAUAUCUGCUCACCCAUCCUGGGGGUCGGGAUGUGGAAACCACCAUUGUACUGGUCAAACAAGGCUUUGAGCCCCCCACAUUUACAGGGUGGUUCAAAGCCUGGGACCCCUGCAUGUGGAGUGGGGGGAAGUCCUAUGAAGAACUCAAGGCUGAGCUUGGGGAUGCCACUGACUUGAUCCAAAUUACAGUGGACAGGCCUACUUCCAACUCCACACAAACCUCGACAGAAGUGGGAGUUCUGUCUCCCACUGUUCUGCCCAUCUUCCCUGCUGACAAGCUGGUUAACCGCUUGGCUGAGGACCUCCCAGAUGGAGUGGAUCCCACUAGAAAAGAGGAGCACCUCUCAAAUGAAGACUUUGCUCAGACUUUGGGUGUGUCCAGACCAGACUUCUAUUCCAUGCCGUUGUGGAAGCAGCAGAAUCUGAAGAAAGAACAUGGUCUGUUUUAAGAUGAGAAAAUGUACACAAUAGGUUUAAUCCUGACCCGAUGAUAUCAAAUAGUCAAUACCUGAAUAAAAAAAUGAAUUAAAUUAAAUUUCUUUUAAAUGUGUCUGUUAACCCUUUACAUUUGUCAGGCAAUUCAAUUUUUGAUGCUCUGCACUGUUCACGGGUUAUCAGUUGAUUCACACAACAGAGAAACUACUUUGUCAAAAUAGAUUCCGUUGUGAUCAGAGGCCCAAUUAUGCUUGUUCAGUGUAUGCUUAAUCAGAGAAUGUCUGGAUCAGUGAUAACCAAAAGAUUGGAAUUCAUUGUGUAAAUUAUCUUGCAAAUAAACUGUUGCUACAUAAUCUACAAUUGAGUAAUCAAACAAUCUGCCACCUAAGACUUUGUCAUAUUAGACUUUACAUAGACACUGUUAUAAAAGUAACUUUUUUCCUGUAAAGAAACUGUUGUUAACAAAAUUCCAGUAAGGUCUAAUUUUUAUAGAUUAAUGUUGGCUCUGUACGUGUAUUUAUUAGAGGGCCUCAACUAGAUUAAAUAGGAAACUAAGUAGAUGUCAUGUAUUUCACAAUUUGUGUCAAGAUCUAAAACACCAGAUUAAAUGAGACUCACAUGAAAAUAACUGUUAUUUGGCUUUCUGUUCUUUGAUCUCUUUGCAUAGAUUCAUUAGUUAAAUCUCUUUGCACAGAUUAAUAUGUAAUUUGAGGUAUUUCAGUUGCCAUACUAACCAGUCAAUAAACAAGAU